AUGUCUCGCACAUUCCUUGCAAAGAUCCUUCGUAGUGCGCCUCGUCAAUGUGGUAGCCCUCAAACUUUCCUUACUCGUGGUCGAGCAUUUCCGACCAUUUGCUCAAGCGCUUUUUAUCAAACCUCUCGCCCAAUCACAUAUUCAAACAGAGUAGGCAAAGGGCUUUCUCCGGAAUCUGAGAACCCUCAGCCCAAGAUAUUGGAGAGCAAUGCAAAACCAAAGCAAGCUGCCGAGCUCUCUCAGGAACAAUACAGUGAGCUAUCUGAUGAAUAUAUGGAUAUGAUGGUUGAGAAGCUAGAGGAAUUGCAAGAGAAGAGAGAGGACGUUGAUGUUGAAUAUAGCGCUGGAGUUCUUACACUCGCAUUUCCACCCAUUGGCACGUAUGUCAUCAACAAGCAACCGCCAAAUAAGCAGAUUUGGCUUUCUUCUCCCACUUCCGGUCCAAAGCGCUACGAUUUCGUAAUUACGAGUGAGGGUCAAGAUUCGAAAGAGGGAACAGGAUCAGGGGAGUGGAUAUAUUUGAGAGAUGGCUCUUCUUUGACCGACUUGCUAUUGAAUGAACUCGGUGUCGACUUAUCGAGUACAUAUACCGCUGAUAUGCAGGGAGAUGAGUGA